AUGGCUAACCGAUCCAUUAGCAAUGGUCUACAGGAUGACGAAAAUCAGGAUCAGAUCGGUUCGAAUAGUCCAAGCCCGUCUGGGAUGGCUACUCCACAGCCUGAGCUCUCGGAUAAGCGUCAGCCUUCCAUAAUGCACAAUUUCUUCCAGGUUGGUGCUCCCCAUGGUCCGCUGCACCCUCCCAAAUCACAGCUCUUCCCUUCUGAGACUCCUACUUCCGCGCACCUGGUUCAGUCAAGCGCGUACGUCACAGGGACACGGGAUGACCGAAGCAUUGGUCACCAUUCCUCAUCCUCGGGGUCUUUUGUCAUGAUGGAGCGUGAUGAGGUGCCGGGCAUGGAAUCUUCGAAAGUUGAAGCAAAGGAAAUCACACCGGAGCCUCUAGCUCCUACAAGUUUACCCACACCCCCUUACUCCUCCGCAUCUUCCUUGUUACAGAAAGAGUCGGAUGCGGCUGAGCUAGGGUCAUCGGCCCCAGAGAAGGGAGUAGGCUCUAUCUUCACCGCGCUGAAGAACAUUCUGUCUCCACCUGCAAGCGUUUCUCCUGAACCUCCAUGUCGCCGUCAUACCUCUCAUCCAGUGUCCAGUGUCUCUGACGACCCAGUCCUUGCCACUCACUUCUCAAAUCCUUGUCUCCCUCAUACCUGUGAUCCGAUGUCUUUUCCGGAAGUCCCCCUCCUCGAGCAUGAGAAGCCACACAUUUCUUUAUCUUCUGAGAACCUUGCGAAGCUAACUGGGAAUGUGUCUGAUCUCGCUCGUAUAAAGAAUACUCCACCGCUUACCCCACGUGCCAUGUCCAACGAGGGGUCGCAGACCGAUAGGCCACCAGCUACUUCUUCACCUCAGUCGACAGAGCUAACGCAGCAGUCCGAUGAGAUGGAUAAGUCAACAGAUGAAAUUGCCGGGAAACUUGAGGAAGCGUUUCCCUCCCCCGCCGAAACACCCCAACCAAACCCACCGGUUGCUCCUAUCAAGGGCAACUUGUAUGUUAAAAUUUCAGAAGGCCGCGGGCUUAAGCCAGGAUUCGACCCCUAUGUGGUCUCUGUAUUCGAGUGGAACGAAUGGAUUUCCAAGAGUGCUCAGGAUGAGGAAGAAGCGUCUUUUGAGCGACGGCAAAAGGAGCAGGAACAGUCCGAUCGCGAAGCUGGGCGGCCGAUGGCAAUUCCCAUGAAGAGUCGGCAAAGCAGCAACAAUAGCUCCUUCGAUGGCCUCGAUAAUCGGGGAAGGGCACCGGUAACCGAUCCCCAUUGGAACCAUGAAGCCACCUUUGAUGUUUUUGGCGAUCAAUCCGAGAUCGAUGUUUCCGUGUAUGAUCGCAAAAAUCAAGAGGCAUUCUUAGGUCACGUGCGACUAUGUGUCAACCUCAAGGAAGACAACAGCCGCCUAGAAGGGUGGUUCCCCUUGUCUGCUCGCGGUCCAGGCGACGCCCCGGUUUCCGGCGAAAUCUACAUGGAAAUGCAUUUUGAGCAUAUGGAGAAGAAGCAGGUGGGACCGGACGAUUUUCAGGUUCUGAAGCUUAUCGGCAAAGGUACAUUCGGCCAGGUCUAUCAGGUGAAGAAGAAAGAUACGCGCCGGAUUUACGCCAUGAAAGUCUUGUCGAAGAAGGUGAUCAUACAGAAGAAGGAAGUUGCCCAUACUUUGGGUGAGCGGAACAUCCUGGUUCGGACAGCUAUGGCUGCCUCUCCGUUCAUUGUCGGCCUCAAAUUUUCUUUCCAGACUCCAACCGACCUCUACCUUGUUACGGACUAUAUGUCAGGAGGCGAACUGUUUUGGCAUCUGCAAAAGGAAGGACGGUUCCAGGAGGCCCGCGCCAAGUUUUACAUCGCUGAGCUUAUCCUGGCUCUUCAGCAUCUCCACGAGCACGACAUCGUUUAUCGAGACUUGAAACCAGAGAACAUCCUGCUCGACGCCAACGGCCACAUCGCGCUAUGUGACUUCGGUCUGUCUAAAGCAAAUCUCGCCCAAAACGACACCACCAAUACAUUUUGCGGCACAACCGAGUAUCUAGCACCUGAGGUUCUCCUUGAUGAGCAAGGGUACACGAAGAUGGUUGACUUCUGGUCUCUGGGUGUUCUCGUUUUCGAGAUGUGCUGCGGCUGGAGUCCGUUCUAUGCUGAGGAUACCCAGCAGAUGUAUAAGAACAUCGCUUUCGGUAAGGUUAGGUUCCCACGGGACGCCUUGAGCACCGAGGGAAGGAACUUCGUGAAAGGCUUGCUCAACCGGAAUCCGAAGCAUCGGUUAGGAGCUAAAGGCGACGCUAAGGAGCUCAAGGAACAUCCCUUCUUCCACGAUGUGGACUGGGAAGCCUUGUCCCGGAAGCAGGUCAUCCCUCCGUUCAAACCGAAACUCAAGUCGGAUACAGACACUUCUAACUUUGAUCCCGAGUUCACGAAUGCGCUAGAUGCCAACGCCAAGUUGAACGACCGUGCGGCCGCAGUGGCCAAUGGUUUCAUGACAGCAUCCACCCCGCUGUCGCCGGGCUUGCAGGCUAACUUCAAGGGCUUCACAUUUGUCAAUGAGAGCUCAAUCGAUCACCAUCUUAAACAUGAGCCUACAGAUCAUAUGGACGAGGACCCGGACAUGUGGUCACGGUCUCACCGGCAUGGGGGCUUUGAAGAUCACCGCAUGACUGGUGUGCAGAAGUCCCACGAAGGCGGAGAGGCCGGAAUCUUUAACGUUGAUGACAAUUUCGACAUGUGA